ACACACACACAUAAAAGUGUCACUGGACAAGCAGUAGUUGGACGUACGUCGUCCCAGCGCAGUCCCUGAUUUGAACUCUUCCAUUGUCACCGCUACCAAAACAGGACCAACGCGUCCAACACCAACGCCACCGUCACCGCCGCCUAGGAUUUUUAAAUUAUUCUUCCUCUUCCCCCCUCCCUACAAAGAGCUCUCAGAGCUAAGAGAAUAUAGAACUUUAUAUUAUUAUAUUAAAUGCCUUUCAGAUCCACACACUAGAAAGUUACACCCAAAAGAGAGAGAAUUUGGAUCUCUCUCUAAUUGCCGCUUCUGAGUCUAUAAUCCGAGAGAGUUAACUUUAAUAUGGGAAUUGAGAACUUCACUCCCCAGAAGAGAGCAAGCGGUGGCCUACCUUCCACGACAGCCAACGGCAGAGGAGGCCGUGCAACCAUGCCGCGCGGCAGGCAGAUUCACAAAACCUUCAAUAACAUCAAGAUCACUAUCCUCUGUGGCUUCGUCACCAUCCUCGUCCUCCGUGGUACCAUCGGCAUUGGCAAUCUCACCAGCUCUGAGGAGGAAGCUAUCAACCAGAACCUCAUCGAGGAGACUAACCGGAUUCUGGCCGAGAUCCGCUCCGACAACGACCCUACCGACCCGGAUGAGCCGCCCGAGGCCGAGAUCAACCCCAAUGUCACUUACACGUUAGGCCCCAAACUCUCUAACUGGGACGAGGAACGCAAGGUAUGGCUUAGCCAAAACCUCGAGUUCCCUAAUUUUGUGAAUGGGAAGCCUAGGAUUUUGCUUUUGACCGGGUCGCCUCCUAACCCCUGUGAUAACCCGAUUGGGGAUCAUUACUUAUUAAAAGCUAUAAAGAAUAAGAUCGACUAUUGUAGGAUUCAUGGGAUUGAGAUUGUUUAUAAUAUGGCUCAUUUGGAUAAGGAAUUAGCUGGGUACUGGGCGAAAUUACCCAUGAUUAGGAGAUUGAUGCUGUCGCAUCCUGAAGUAGAGUGGAUUUGGUGGAUGGAUAGUGAUGCAAUGUUUACUGAUAUGGUUUUUGAGAUCCCGUUAUCCAAGUACGAUAAGCAUAAUUUGGUGAUUCAUGGGUAUCCUGAUUUGUUGUUCGAACAAAAAUCAUGGAUUGCUUUGAACACUGGGAGUUUCUUGUUUAGGAAUUGUAAGUGGAGCUUGGAUUUGCUUGAUGCCUGGGCUCCAAUGGGUCCUAAGGGGCCAAUAAGGGAGGAGGCUGGCAAGAUUUUGACUGCAAAUUUGAAGGGGAGGCCAGCAUUUGAGGCUGAUGAUCAGUCAGCUUUGAUUUACUUACUUCUUUCACAAAAGGAUCAGUGGAUGGAUAAGGUGUAUAUUGAGAAUCAAUAUUAUUUGCAUGGGUAUUGGGCAGGGUUGGUGGAUAGGUAUGAGGAGAUGAUUGAGAAGCACCAUCCAGGAUUGGGUGAUGAGAGGUGGCCUUUUGUGACUCAUUUUGUUGGUUGCAAGCCUUGUGGGAGCUAUGGGGAUUAUCCUGUUGAACAGUGCUUGAGAAGCAUGGAAAGGGCUUUCAAUUUCGCUGAUAACCAGGUGCUUAAGUUAUACGGUUUUGGGCAUAGGGGACUAUUGAGCCCCAAGAUCAAGAGGAUCAGGAAUGAGACAGUGACUCCAUUGGACUAUGUAGACCAGUUUGAUAUUCGCCAUUCAGUACAUGGAAACAGCAGGUCGGGGAGCUAGUGAGUGAAAUAUGUUCACUGUGUCAUAAUUUGUAGGCAAUGUAAUUCCUCAGUUGAAGGCAGAUAUAAAUUUGAUAGCAAUCUACAUUUAAGUAAGUUUUUCCUUGCUAUGUUGUCUUGGUUAUGCUUCUGAGAUAAAAAAGGAUAGAAUUCUUUUAUUGGCAUCAACUUUGUGUUCCUUCUUGUUCGAGUAAUCAAUGAAGGAAAUUUAUAAACAAGAGCUACAGAUGGUUGUCCUCCUUCAUUUCUCUUCUUAUUUGGGUAAUGACUUGUUUAUUUUCCUUUGUACUCAUUCUUCUGGAAUGUAAAUGAUAAGAAUAUUGUGUACGAUUAUAGAAAAUUGCAGUCGGGAGAAAAUUUGAAAUCCUCAGUUUGUCAUUCAAA